AUGGAGCUAGGAGGGGCUUUCACCAUCUUUCUGGCACUCUCCUUGUCUUGUCUACUCAUCCUCAUUGCCUGGAAACGGAACAACAAGGGGGGUAAGCUGCCCCCUGGGCCCACACCAAUACCCUUCCUGGGGAACGUGUUGCAAGUCCGUACUGAUGCCACUUUUCAGUCUUUCAUGAAGCUCAAGGAGAAGUAUGGUCCAGUCUUCACUGUGUACAUGGGUCCCCGGCCAGUAGUUGUUUUAUGUGGACAUGAGGCAGUGAAAGAGGCCCUGGUAGACCGGGCAGAUGAGUUCAGUGGCCGUGGAGAACUGGCUUCGAUAGAGCGAAACUUCCAAGGUCAUGGUGUAGCUCUGGCUAAUGGAGAACGAUGGAGGAUCCUCCGACGCUUCUCUCUGACCAUUCUUCGGGACUUCGGAAUGGGAAAGCGGAGCAUUGAGGAGCGGAUCCAGGAAGAGGCUGGCUUUUUACUAGAGGAAUUACGGAAGACCAAGGGUUCUCCCAUCGAACCCACCUUCUUCCUGAGCCGCACUGUCUCCAACGUCAUCAGUUCUGUCGUCUUUGGAAGCCGCUUUGACUAUGAAGACCAGCAGUUCCUGAAGCUGCUGCAGAUGAUCAAUGAGAGUUUCAUUGAGAUGAGCACACCCUGGGCACAGCUGUAUGACAUGUAUUCCGGGAUCAUGCAGUACUUGCCAGGAAGACACAAUCGCAUCUACUACUUGGUAGAAGAGCUCAAGGACUUCAUUGCCUCUAGGGUGAAGAUCAACGAAGCAUCUUUUGACCCACAAAACCCUCGGGACUUCAUUGACUGCUUCCUCAUCAAGAUGUACCAGGAUACAAAUAAUCCCCACACAGAAUUUAAUCUCAAGAAUUUGGUGCUGACCACACUCAACCUAUUCUUUGCUGGCACAGAGACUGUGAGCUCUACACUACGUUAUGGAUUGCUGCUAAUGAUGAAGUACCCUGAGGUGGAAGCCAAGAUCCAUGAAGAGAUUGACCAGGUGAUUGGACCACACCGGAUCCCAAGUGUGGAUGACAGAGUGAAGAUGCCCUACACGGAUGCUGUGAUCCAUGAGAUACAGAGACUGACAGAUAUUGUACCCAUGGGUGUCCCCCAUAAUGUCAUCCGGGACACUCAUUUCCGAGGCUACCUUCUGCCCAAGGGCACUGAUGUGUUCCCACUGCUUGGCUCCGUCCUCAAAGACCCAAAAUACUUCCGCUAUCCAGAUGCCUUCUAUCCUCAACACUUCCUGGAUGAGCAGGGCCGCUUCAAGAAGAAUGAAGCCUUUGUACCUUUUUCCUCUGGAAAGCGCAUCUGCCUGGGCGAGGCCAUGGCCCGCAUGGAACUCUUUCUCUACUUUACGUCCAUCCUUCAGAACUUCUCUCUACACUCGCUGGUGCCACCCGCUGACAUCGAUAUCACACCCAGGGUCUCAGGCUUUGGCAAUAUCCCUCCAACCUAUGAGCUCUGCCUCAAGGCCCGCUGA